ACGGUUAAAGCGGGGAAGUUAUUUGGUGACGGACCAGUCGUGCUGCAUCGGCUUCAAACAAGUCUUGAUUAAAUUUAUCUGUAAAUAAAAUAGUAACCGAAGCCUGUAGCAACUUCACGGCUGCCUUUGCAAUAGUGUUGAGCCCAUGUUACCCAUGAUUCAUCAAUGAUGGCAGGAAAGAACCGUUUCUCUGUAUCUGACAGGUUUGAGUAUCUGCAGGGUCUCGUCACGGAGUUUCAGGACACUGACAGUGAGGAGGCUAAAGAGCAAGUGCUGGCUAAUCUGGCCAACUUUGCUUACGAUCCAUCCAACAUGGAGGCCCUGCGAACACUGCAGGUCACCGAGCUCUUCCUGGACAUGCUGACAGAAGAGAACGAAAACUUUGUGGAGUUUGGAAUUGGUGGUUUAUGUAACCUCAGUAUGGAGCUGGAGUCUCGAGAUCAGAUCCUGCAGAGCGGUGGAGUCCCGUUGGUGAUCUCUUGCUUGUCAAGCAGCAGAGACGAGACGGUUCUGUCUGCCAUCACAACACUGAUGAACCUCAUCACAGCGUCCUCUCGCUCUGAGAUCACAGACAGCGCUGUGGUGCAGUGUAUGCUGCGCUUCUCCCACACACAGAACCCACGCCUCCGGAACCUGGCCUGCGUCUUCCUGCAGGAGCACUGCACAAACAAACAGGUGGACACAGCCAGACACGCACUGCAGGGACAGAGCCAAUCAGCAGUCGGGAUUCCACUGCCAAAAGACUAAACACAGCCUGGAAAUGUUUACGUUAUUAUUUAAAAUAAACAAAUGCCUAUUUUCCUAAUAAA